CAGAAAAAUAUUGAGAAUUGGAAACCUUUACAGAGCGAGCAAGCUAACCAGAUUCCGUAAGGAAACGUUCAUGGGUUCCUUAACCGAGGGAAGAAGAAAACGAUACAAACAACGACGACGAAAUUACAAAACCAAGCAAUAAAAUUGAAAAAGCCAAAAUUCCGCUCGCUCCAUCUUCUGUCUCUCGUCAACCCAACUUUUCCACCCUCCUCCUCGUCGUUCUCUCUCUCUCUCUCUCUCUCUCUCUCUCUCUCUCUCUCUCUCUCUCUCGCUCUCUCGCUAUAUGUCUCGUUUUGUCUGAAGGCUGCCUGGGAACGGUUCCAUCACAUCUUCUCUGAUAACCAACUCUGAACGGUAACUCUUUGAUCCUUUUUUAUUAAUUUUAGUUCCAAACCACCAAAUUCAAUUGACUUGAAUUCAAUUCAGCUGGCUAAUAAUUCUGUAAGCCAUCUCGGAGUGAAGAACAAUAAACUUUGAAAAGAAACGAACAAACUCAUUUUGAUUUCUUCUCGCUUAUCUUCUGCUCUCUGUUUCAUUAGUGGUUGAGAAUUGCAAAUUCAUUGAAAGGAACAGUUUUCUCUUUGUUAAUGGAGAACUAUAGUUCAUAUUUGUAUAGUGAUUCAUAUCGAUAUCCUCCUCCUCCCUCUACUACCAGUACUCCUCCUCCAAAUUCAGAUCCAUAUUCACCAUCUCCAGCACCACCACCUCCAAGUCAUGCUUCUUUGUAUGCUUCAUCUCCCUCACACUCCUUCACUUACCCUCAAUACCCCCACUCUCCUCCUCCUCCUCCAUACUCGAGUCAUUCUGGGCCUUUAGAAUAUCGUUAUCCCCCAACUUCUUACUAUUCCCAACCUCCCUAUCCAUACUCAUAUGCGAAUUCCCCUUUUGUUCCCCCAGUAACUCAGAAUUCUCAUCAACCUAGCCUACAGCACCACAGCAGUUUCCAAUACGGUUCAUCGCCUUACCUUUCCCAACAGUCCGAUCAGUAUCCACCGCCAGAAAGUUACCCACCAGUUCCUGCCCGUGUCAAUAGCUUCUCUAGUUACAGUCACCAAGAUAGUUCAGUGCCUACCAGUGUUGGGUCCUCUCCAACUCUUGGUUUAGGUGAAUCUUCUUCAUCCCGCCCUUCUCUUUAUCCUCCUGUGGAAGAUCUAUUCGAUAAGGUGCAAUUGUUUGAUCUCCGUCCCACUGCCCCGAGUUUGACAUCUUCGCCACCAGCAUCAUAUCCACCUCCGAGGUUUCAGAGCCAGAGCGCAAGGUAUAAUAACUGGGUGGAUAUGUAUAGUUGUACUAAUAAUUCUUUCUCAAGUGGUGGGGAACCUUUUCACUCAGGCCCGGUUACUUCAUCUCCACCGUUAGCUUAUUCCCCAUCAGUUUCAUUCGAUAGCUCACAGCAUAGUCAGAGUAUGCAGAUAGUGCCAAUUCAAUCAUCUAAAGGGUCUUUGAAAGUCUUGCUGUUACAUGGGAAUUUAGAUAUUUUGAUCGUUAAGGCAGAGAACCUUCCGAAUAUGGACAUGUUCCACAAAACUUUAGGAGAUGUGUUUGGGAAAUUGCCCAUAAAUGUCAGCAGCAAAAUUGAAGGGCACAUGCCUCAUAAGAUAACUAGCGAUCCAUAUGUCUCUAUUUCUAUGUCCAAUGCUGUAAUUGGGAGGACUUAUGUGAUUAGUAAUAGUGAAAACCCUGUUUGGAUGCAGAGGUUUUAUCUCCCUGUUGCACAUUAUGCUGCAGAGGUGCAUUUUGUUGUCAAAGACAGUGAUGUUGUUGGUUCCCAGCUAAUAGGGGUUGUUGCAAUCCCAGUGGAGAACAUAUACUCAGGAGCAAAAAUCGAAGGAAGCUUCCCAAUCCUCAACUCAAGUGGGAAGCCCUGUAAGCGUGGAGCUGCAUUGACCCUGUCAAUUCAGUAUACCCCAAUAGAGAAAAUGACCAUUUACCAUCACGGAGUUGGUUCAGGCCCUGACUAUUAUGGUGUCCCAGGUACAUAUUUUCCACUUAGAAAAGGUGGAAGAGUUACACUUUACCAAGAUGCUCAUGUGCCUGAUGGUUACCUUCCAAGUAUGAAGCUCAAUUAUGGGAUGCACUAUGAACAUGGUAAAUGUUGGAAAGACAUUUUUGACUCAAUAAGUCAGGCUCGCCGACUAGUUUACAUCACUGGGUGGUCAGUGUAUCACAAAGUCAGAUUGGUCAGGGAUGCUGCUUAUGCAUCAGAGUGCACUCUUGGGGAUCUUCUCAAGUCCAAGUCACAGGAAGGUGUGAGGGUUCUGCUGCUUGUAUGGGAUGAUCCAACUUCAAGGAACAUAUUGGGUUAUAAAACAGAUGGUAUAAUGGCAACACAUGAUGAGGAGACUCGUUGUUUUUUCAAGCACUCUUCAGUGCAGGUGCUACUUUGUCCUCGAACUGCUGGAAAACGACAUAGCUGGGCAAAAAAGCAGGAAGUUGAGACAAUUUAUACACACCAUCAAAAAACUGUGAUUGUGGAUGCUGAUGCUGGUCAUAACAAGCGGAAAAUUAUAGCUUUCGUUGGAGGACUUGAUUUAUGUGAUGGGCGAUAUGAUACCCCAAAACAUUCUUUAUUUAGGACAUUGCAAACAGUGCAUAAAGAUGACUAUCACAACCCUACAUUCACGGGAUCCAUCAUUGGUUGUCCAAGAGAACCGUGGCAUGACUUGCAUUGUAAAAUUGAUGGUCCAGCAGCUUAUGACGUUCUUACCAACUUUGAAGAGCGCUGGUUCAGGGCUUCAAAACCUCAUGGGAUUAAAAAAUUGAAAAUGGCAUAUGAUGAUUCAUUACUCAGAUUAGAAAGAAUUCCUGACAUGGUUGGAAUGCAUGAUGCUCCUUGCUUAAGUGAGAAUGAUCCAGAGACUUGGCAUGUCCAGGUUUUUCGUUCAAUUGAUUCAUCUUCUGUGAAAGGGUUUCCCAAAGAUCCAAAAGAAGCUAUAAACAAGAACCUUGUUUGUGGUAAAAAUGUCCUGAUUGAUAUGAGCAUACAUACAGCAUAUGUAAAGGCCAUCCGAGCUGCCCAACAUUUCAUUUAUAUCGAGAAUCAGUACUUCGUUGGUUCAUCAUAUAAUUGGGCUUCAAACAAAGACUUAGGUGCAAACAAUUUAAUACCAAUGGAAAUUGCUCUAAAAAUUGCUAGCAAAAUCAGAGCAAAUGAGAGAUUUUCUGCCUAUAUAGUUAUCCCAAUGUGGCCAGAGGGUGUUCCAACUGGUGCUGCUACUCAAAGGAUUCUCUUUUGGCAGAACAAAACAAUGCAAAUGAUGUACGAGACUAUUUAUAAAGCUUUGGAAGAGGUUGGGCUGGAAAAGACAUAUGUUCCACAGGAUUAUUUGAAUUUCUUCUGCCUGGGAAAUCGUGAGGAAGUAGAUGGAAAUGAAGCUUCCUGUGUGGGAGUUCCUAAUGCUUCAAAUACUCCCCAAGUAUUCAGUUGGAAAAAACGGCGUUUCAUGAUAUAUGUUCAUUCAAAAGGAAUGAUAGUGGAUGAUGAGUAUGUAAUAUUAGGAUCUGCAAACAUCAACCAGCGCUCCAUGGAGGGCACUAGAGAUACUGAGAUUGCAAUGGGUGCAUACCAACCUUCACAUACAUGGGCAAGAAAGUUGUGUUCUCCACGUGGGCAGAUAUAUGGGUAUAGGAUGUCACUGUGGGCAGAGCACUUGGGAGCUGCUGAGGAAUGCUUUACACAACCAGAGAGUCUGGAAUGUGUUAGGAGGGUCAGAUCACUGGGGGAGCAGAAUUGGAGACAAUUUGUAGCUGAAGACAUAAGCGAGAUGAAGGGCCACCUCCUAAAAUACCCAGUUGAAGUUGAUCCAAAGGGCAAGGUGAAGCCUCUUCCUGGGUGUGAAACUUUUCCUGAUGUGGGAGGGAGUAUAGUUGGAACAUUUCUUGCCAUCCAGGAAAAUCUCACCAUCUGAUCCAUUUCAGUCCCCUGCCUCCUGGAGGUCACACUUGACCGUCCCCAGCUGUUAUUCAGGGAUUCAGAUUAAACACAGGUUGCACAGUUACAGAAGAGAGCAAUCAAGACAAGCUUCAGUGGCAUCUACAGAGACAUAAUUAGCGAUUGUAAUAUUAGAUGUCAUUGUUGUUAUACAUCCUUGGAAACAAGCUUCUCUGUAUGUGCAGGGUUAAGGUUGCAUACAUCUGCCCCUCCUCAGACCCCAAAUUGGCAGGAGCCUCGGGCACUGGGCUGCCCUUUUAUUGUUCUUGUAAAUCCAUUAUCGUGUACAGGGUUGUCUACAAAAAAAUGAUUUGGGUAGUAGCACAAAUUGUAAAUUCUUGAAAAGGAUUCAAAUUUUGCAAUAACGAGAAGCAACAAAAAUUGGAAAA